UUUCAUUUUCCCGAUACGAGCCUUGUCGUCUCUCUGCAUCUCUCUCACAUCACCGCAACACCUCCCCUUCUCUUCUUCCUCUACCACCACCAAAACCCAAAUCAUCUCUCGAUCCUUCACCAACAACCUUUCCUUCUCUUCUUCCGCUACCACCAACAACAACACCUCCCCUUCUCUUCUCCCUCUACCACCACCAGCCCCUCCCCUUCUGUUCAUUUUAUAGUUAUGUAGAACCUAGGGUUUCAAAUUGCUUGAAAUAGAAGAAGAAAAGGGAUAUUGGAUGACGAUCUGCUUGAAUCACAAUCUCCUAAGUAAAAUUACCUUUACUUUUCUUUUGGUACUUGUUAGUGUCGAUCACUAAGCUGCUAUGAAAGGGCAUCAAGAUGUCUUAUCCUUGUUUCUUUCAAAAGGUAGUAAUGUGGAUGUAAAGAAUGAUUUUGUCUCACCGCUACAAUAUGCUUCCACUUUUGGCGAUCACGAUACAGUUAAAAUUCUUCUGGAUAAUGGUGCCAAUCCAAAUUUUGUCUUCCAUGAUACAUUUACUCCAUUUCAUGCAUCUAUUUAUUCCCAUUCUUGGAAAGGUGUGGAGCUAUUAUCGAAGGAAGGUGCUGAUCCAAAUGGUGGACCAGAUGGAUUAAAAUCUCUUUCAUUUGCUGCGGGAGAAGUGCAAAUCAUCAAACUGCUCGUUGAAGCUGGUGCAGAUCCAAAUGUUAUAGAUAUAAUAAGCUGAUUUUACUUUUGGUCUCUGUUCAUUUAGUGGGCAUUUGAGCCAUAAAGUGCUGGAAAAGGAAUAUUAAAACAGUUAAAAGAAAUUUAUGAUGAAACCAACGUUGUUGGUGAUAAAUAGAAUUAUGUUGAAACAAGUUGGUUUCAUCUGAACUUGAUCAA